UCCAAACCCAAGAACUGCCAAGAUGAGCAGUUUGGAAAAGGUGUAUCUGUGGUUGAGCCACAUAAGUCCCUCAUCUCUGCUCAGCUGGAGAGACACUGGUGUCAGUUCUCUGUCCUGGCUCAGCCAAGGCUUGGGUAAGUCCCCCAAAAGAGGUGCUCUGGGAAAGUGAAGAUGGAAAUGGGGAGGGGGGAACUUGCCCCUAUUCCAAACUCUGCUCAGCUCAGGCACAUGACCUGGUAACCCAUUGGAAGAUACACUCACAAAAUGAGUGGUGUAAUGGUUGUUUUCUCUCCGUCAGGCUCAAGUUGGCCCAGCCAGCAGUAGCCCCAUUCCUCAAUGGAGUUUGAAACAGAGGUCCUCUCCUAGAUCAGACGCUGGAAGAGAAAGACCUGGAAAAAUCCCUCACUCUGGAAAAAGACUGGUUGAGUAACUGAUUCACGCAGGUGCAUAUAUGCAGCGCUCCUCAGUUCCCCACCAACAUAGCAGUGUUUUCUCAGAUAGGAACAAAUUGACUUUUAUUUCCUUUUGUCCUGUCUGAGAGCCACUUGGUAGGCUUUUCACUCUGUGUGUGUGUGUGUGUGUGUGUGUGUGUGUGAGAGAGAGAGAGAGAGAGAGAGAGAGAGAGAGAGAGAGAGAGAGAGAGAGAGAAUGAGGACUAAAGCCAGAAAGGAUUCUUUCCUGAACAGGAGCUGUAUUGGUCUGUUGCACCAAACUUUCUUUCAAGGGUAGAAUGCAUAACUUUGGUGGGAUCAUGCCUGACAUUUUACCAAUGGAGAGGGAAGGGAGGGGAGCAUAGGAAUGCAGAGGAGGAGUGGACUAGACAAGAGCCCAAUUAUCUGCAUGGAGGGGGUCCCUAGAACAAAAGGGGUUGUGCGGUUGUGCAAUUUCUUCACCCCUGGGGAAGUCUGAUUCCUGGCACUUAUGAUUGCAGGUACAGCAGACUUCUCCAUUCCUACGUCUCAAGGUGGGAAAUGCAGAAUUUGCCCUAGAAUGAUGGCAUUGUUUUAGCUGCACAUUAAUAUUUGUUCAAACUUUAGGAGAUGUCCAUAUGAUACUGUGCCUAAGUAUCUAACGGUUAUCUUUUGUCUGUCUUUUUCUCCAGCAUGCCUUCUAUCGCCAGCCUUCCCAGCACUAAAGCGGAUCUUCCACCCCAGGCGCAUGUUGGGUCCUUCCCAGUCCGCCUCUUGUGCAGGGUGUCCUGCGUGCAACUAGCUGCCUUUCUCCUGGCUGUCCUGGGCUGCCUAAUGAGCAUCUGCUCCACAUCUGCCAACCUUGACUGGAGAGUGUGGCAAGUAGACAAAAUCAUGGGCAGGAACCAGCAGGGCAUUGUGGGCAUUGGCAUCUGGGGUGCCUGUUCUGUAAGAAGAGUUACUAUGAAGAAGACCAACAUGAUAUGCAUACCAUUGAACAAUGAGGAGUCUCUGCCAGCUGAAAUCAUCGUGGCCCAGGACUUGAUGCCAAUGGCCUCAGUGGCCACUGCGCUGACCGUUCUUUGGAUGGCCUUUGCUCUAUGCAACAUCUUUGAGCCGGGAAAAGACGAGAAUUUCAUCGAUACCAUCUUUUCAAUUGGAGGAAGGAUAGAGUUGGCAGCGGGUACUUGUGUACUGAUUUCCAUUGCAUGCAAUCUUCACUCUGUAUUAAGAAACGAUGGAAUUCCGCUUCCGGAGGUUUUGGGAGUGCCUCCGAUUCCCACAGAACAAAGUGCUGGAAUGGCCAUCUAUAUUGGGUUUCUUGCUGCAGCUUCGCAGCUGUUAAGUGGAACACUGGUUCUGGGUGAAAAAUAUUUUUGGAAAAUGAGUGGAAUAAACACUUCCAAGCCAAAAUUUGUACAUGACCCAGAAAGUGUUACAGACACCAAAAACCCAAAGCUGAGGAUGAGACAGUACUUCUCUUCUGUGACACUGGAAUGUGAAGAAGAAAAGCCCCCUAUCUCGCGGAGAUGUCAAAAUCAUAUUAAAACGGAAACCAUGCCAGGCUCGCUAGCAAUAUGGCUAACGAAUGGUUCCCGUCCUGUGACUGGCUUUUUAAAAAUUGAAGCAGUGGACGUUGUCUAUAUUUUCUUAUGCAUAUUCUGUUUUUUUAAAAAAACUGAAUGCUUCUGGGAUGCUUACAACAUAGUGUUAACUAUAAAUGGGGGAAUAAAUGAAAAGUAUAAAACUGUUAUAUUUAGAUAUUAA